CCAUCUGCUUUGUAUAUAAAAAAAAAAACAAGAAAACUAGAUGGCCACCUCAGAACCAAAAAACACCUCUUCUUCAGAUCAAUUGGAAGAUCAACUAUACUUUGGUUUUCCAUUGCAAUUUUAUCAGAAUUUUUGGUGCCUAAGUGUACUUUUUGAAGGUGUUACUUCAUUCCAAUCCCAGUUUCAAGCUCUUGAUACCGAUAUCAUAUUAGCCAGCCUACCCAAAACUGGUACAACUUGGUUAAAAUCCCUACUUUUCGCCCUUGUAAAUCGGAAAAAAUUCUCCGAUAUAUCUCAACUUCCCCUUAACACCACAACUCCUCAUGAACUUGUCCUCCACUUCGAGAUUGAAGUUUAUAAAAAAGACGCUACAAAUCAAAAUACUGACUUAACUAAAGUACCUUCACCUCGACUCUUUGCUACACAUAUGCCAUAUCCUUCAUUACCAGACUCAAUUAAGACUUCUAAAUGUCGAAUUGUUUACGUUUGUCGAAAUCCUUGGGACACUUUCGUUUCGUUAUGGCUUUUUUACCUUCAGUUUGAGAUAAGCAAAGGAAUUAAGCCAGAUAAUGAGAUGAUGGAAGAAUAUGUAAGUAAGUUUUGCAAGGGGAUAUGCCCCUUUGGUCCCUAUAAUGAUCAUGUACUUGAGUAUUGGAAGAAGAGCAUGCAAGACCAAGAAAAGGUGUUAUUCUUAGAGUAUGAAGGACUGAAGAAAGACCCAAAAACUCAUUUGAAAAAGUUGGCUGAGUUUGUGGGUUGUCCAUUUUCGGAAGAUGAGGAAAAAGGUAAUGUUGUAGAUAAGAUAAUAGAGCUUUGUAGUAUUAAAAGUUUGAAAGAAAUGGAGGUCAAUAAGAGUGGCAAGUUUUAUCCUUGGGUUGAGAACAAGGCUUUGUUUAGGAAAGGAGAUGUUGGAGAUUGGACAAAUCACUUAACUCCUUCUAUGGCUAAAAGUAUUGAUGAAAUGCAAGAAAAACUUGAGGAAUGGAUUUUCUUUCAAAUACUAUCAAAAGAAUCUAUAAUUCCAAGUUCGUGAUUAAAUAAUGACAAGGAAAUUGUACUUGUUCUUUGAAAGAAAUUAUACUUGUUUUUGUCUCUUUUCCUCUAAUCUGUGCAAGGGUAGAAGAUGUUUUGUUUUUGUUUGGUAACUAUUAAUGUAAUUUGAAUUUUAUAUUAUACUUUUUUUUAAUGAAGAAUUCCUCUAUGUGUUGGAUUUCUA